AUGGGAAAAAGAAAAAACAGAAGCAAUAAUGAGAGUGAGUUGGGUGAAGUUGGAAUGGAUUCCGAUGUGCCUGACGAAGAAAGUCAAAAUGAUGUUUCAGACGAGGAUGAAGAACAAAUUGUAGACGUAGAUUUUGAUUUUUUUGACCCAAAGGAAAUCGAUUUUCAUUCGAUAAAAAAUUUGUUGAUUCAAUUAUUUUCCUCGGAUUCUGAACUUUUCCAUUUGAGUGAGUUGACGGACUUGAUUAUCGGUCAACCUUUAUUGGGUAGCACUGUCAAAGUUGAUGGAUCUGAAUCCGAUCCUUAUGCUAUACUUACCGUGCUUAAUAUUAAUGAACAUAAGGAAAAACAAUGUAUGAAAAGUCUUGUUAGUUAUUUAUUGGAAAAAACAAAAAAAGAUUCUAGAUUAAAUGACAAACUCAACAACCUUUUCAGAGAAAACUCUGAUCAACAUGUCGGAUUGAUUAUAAGUGAAAGAUUAAUUAACAUGCCAGUACAGAUUGUUCCGCCAAUGUAUAAAAUGUUACAAGAGGAGAUUCAAUGGGCCAUUGACGACGCAAAAGUUAUGCCCACCGUAGAUGAAGUGGGCGCUCAAAAGUCGAGGAAAAAGAAAGUGAAGUCGGAGCAAGAUAUCUUCUAUUUCCAUGCCGAAGAUGAAAUAAUCGAACAGAAUGCAGAUUAUCAAUUAAGCUUCCAAUUCACAAAUCAAUCAACAGCAGUAUCAGAUUCUCGAAGAGCUUUUAGUGAAUUUGGUAUUGCACCUGAAAUGAAAUUAUUCCUGUUGCACAUAUCAAAGUUUGAUAAACUAGUUCAGGAUUUGGAAAACGCCUGCAAGUAG